CUAAGGGUGGAGGACAUCUCUGCAAGUGCAAUAUCCCCUCAUAAUGUCAUUCGGAUGUUAUACUUUUAACCCCGAGAUCUUACCAGAAGAUUACUAAGCCUGAUAACCAUCCUGUGGUCUUCAGCUUUACCUGCUGACAACAUCUCGCGCAGUUGUUUCCUUUUGCUGCUGGAUUUACAAAUCACCUUGAAGACGUCCAUUAUGGCAGAAGAAGCCCAGGUCUCCGAAUGUAACGGGAAUGAAAAGACCGAAAUAAUUUCCGUACAAGUGACCGAUGUUAUCGACCAGAAUGGCUCCGCCAUUAAAAGUAAGGCCAGUCAAGGAAACUCAGGGUUUAGCAGUGGAAGUCCUGAUGUUCUCCUCGAAGACAAAAUGAAUACACCAGCUUUGGAUCUAAAUGACAAGAAUGAAGAAGAGGAAAAAAGAGAGAACAAUACUAUUUCGGGAAAAAUCCCAGAUGUGUUAGACAACCAUAAGAAAGAGCCUGAAGACUCCAAGGAUGAAGAAUGUCAAACAAGAGUAGAAAUUGAUGGUGACCCAGCUCCACUUUCAAGUUUAGAAGACGUAAAUAAACAGGACGAAGAUCAAGAUGGCGGUAUACCGGAAACGCCAGACAUCUUACUGUAUCAGCAUAGCCACCAACCGAGCGAAGCUGGCACAGAAGAUACAGAGGAAGAAAAUACGUCCAUAGAGACCGACACCGAAUACGGGGAUGGGUUAUAUGAUGAGCAAGACAAUGGACCCCAGCAGGCCCUAGCGGUUAGUCCAAGCGGCAGACAUCUAGAACCUAAUGAAAUAGCUGGAAACAGACCAGAUAUCUCCAGAAACAGCUACUCCAGAUAUGACACUGUAUCGUACCGCAAAAUCCGGAAAGGAAACACGAAGCAGCGGAUUGAUGAGUUUGAGUCCAUGAUGAAUCUGUAGUGACAAUGACUUAUACUUACAAAAACCGCCAUUACUAAACCGGAGGAAAUAUGUGAAAAUUCCUUAAGUGCCUUGACCCAGAUCUGAGCAUCUUUUUGCCUCAAUACAUCAAAUGACGACAACAAAGGGUAUAAAAACUCUCAAUAGCCUCGAAAUGGUUUAAACAUUUAAUAAAAUUUAGUACUAGUUACAAGAUCCAUAUUGAUGAAGACAUUGCACCAUUGUCCUGGAAUCUACCUACUAUUCUUCUGAUGAUAUUAAUAUUUGACCCCCCCUUCUCCCCCAAUACUACUAUACUCUCUCGUUACUAACCCUAAAGGAAAACGGUCAUCUGUUCACCUACAUUAAACCCAAUACACCUGUGUGGGUGAACAGGAGACCGAUGAGGGGGUUAAUGGGUUAAAUACAUACCUGCACUCCGGAGAUCUGUCCCUCCGAAGAUCUUCUUCCAUCUUCAGUGAAUUGCUCUCUGGAGGCGGGCCCGGCAGCUCAAUUUGCAUAUUCAUUGUGUCGGGUGAAUAUUCAUAUUGAGCUGCCGGGCCCCCUCCAGUGUGCAAUUCACUGAAGAUGGAUGCCGAUUUAACCCAUUAACCCCUCAUCGGUCUCCUGUUCACCCACACUAUAACCAGGUGUACUGUGAUCCCUCAACUUACAAUGGCCUCAACAUACAAUAGUUUCAACAUACAAUGGUCUUUUCUGGACCAUCGUAACUUGAAACCAGACUCAACAUACAAUGUACAGACAGUCCAGAUCUGUGAAACGUGUCACAACUGGAGGAACUGACCAAUCAGAAUGGGCAUUCACUGGUAAAUCACCUCUAUUACUGAAGCAUGUGCACUCACUGGUAUCUGGUAGUGCCCCCUACAGUACAGGGAACUAGGGAACCAGGGAACUACAAGUUCUGUACUACUCCUUACCUGUGCCAGGUUUAGCUGCUGCUUUGGACACCAAGUAAGGACGGCUCCAUUUGGGACACUGUGUGUACUGUAUUGGACCCUGAAGACGCUCCUGCCCCCUACAUAAACCAUUGUUUCCCAACCAGGGUGCCUCCAGC